AUGGCGGGCGUGAGGGAAGUGUACGGAAAGAAGGGGGAUAGAAAGGAUUCGGACAACUUUGGCGUGGACUAUGUCAUACACUACAAGGUCCCUCCAAAAGAGCGCGCUGAGGCAGAAGCUGGGUUCGUCCAGCUCAUCCGAUCUUUGACCAAUGUUGGGCUUGCUACUGAAGUACGCAAUGGCGAUCCUGGCUCCUUGCUUGUGUUCGUUAAAAUUGCGUCUGCCGAGCUUUUAGGGCAACAGGUCUACCGUGGCAGACUACAAGACUGGCUACAGGGAAUACGUACCUCCGGCCCGAAUUCAGACAUCGCCCAGGCUCUGGAGGAUGAGCCAAUGAUGGAAGCUGAGAGGCUGCGGCUAGUAUACCAACUCAUCACCCGAACGGAAAAUGAGGGUGGUGCCGGAAUCAGUCAGGCCAGCUCCAAGUGGAAGUUCGUUGCCGAUAUUUUUCCACUUCAUGACCAGGCAUUCAACAAGGCGUGGAUUCAGAAAUGGAGUAAGAAAUACUUACUGGACGAGGCCGACCUCGAGGAUAUUCGUCACAAGUUUGGAGAGAGCGUGGCUUUCUACUUUGCAUUCUUGGGAAGUUACUUCAGAUUUCUUGUAUUUCCAGCUGCUUUGGGGUUUGCCGCCUGGAUGUUCCUGGGUCAAUUUUCCUUCAUUUACGGACUUGGCUGUGGUCUGUGGUCCGUCAUUUUCUUGGAAUACUGGAAGAAGAAGGAAAUUGAUUUGGCAGUUCGCUGGGGUGUACGAGGGGUGUCUGCUAUUCAGCUGCCUCGCAGUCAAUUCAACUGGGAGUAUGAAGCAGAAGAUGCAGUGACUGGCGAGCCUGUCAAGGUUUACCCAUACAUGAAGCGGCUAAAGACCCAACUCUUGCAAAUUCCCUUUGCUAUCGCCUGCGUUCUUGCUCUCGGAAGUCUUGUGGUCAUUGCAAACUCUUUGGAGAUAUUCAUUAAUCAGGUCUACGACGGCCCAGGCAAGCAGUAUUUGGGGUUUUUACCAACUAUGAUCCUGGUCAUAUUUACACCUACCUUCUCGGCUGUUCUUAUGAGUGCUGCCAACGCCCUCACAGAGAAGGAAAACUACGAUACGGUUGACGCCCACAAGUCCGCUCUCAUUCAGAAGCAGUUUGUGCUCAAUUUUAUGACCUCAUACAUGGCUCUUAUUUUUACGGGCUUUGUUUACAUUCCUUUUGGAAACAUCUUACUCCCAUUCUUGGACUUUUGGCGACGUACUGCCCAAACUCUUACUUUCAGUGAGAAGCCCCUUCCUACGCAACAGUUUCGGAUCAACCCCGAACGUAUCAGCAGCCAGAUGUUUUAUUGCACUGUUACUGCUCAAGUCGUCAAUUUCGCCACCGAAGUCGUCGUCCCGUAUGUGAAACAGAAGGCAUUUGCCAAAGCCAAGGAAUUCCAGUCAAAAGGAGUCGAGACACACGAUCAUCCUGAAGAAGCUGAGUUUUUGAAGAGGGUCCGCAACCAAUGUGAAUUAGAAGUAUACGACGUCACGGCUGACUACCGAGAAAUGGUCAUGCAAUUUGGCUAUUUGUCACUAUUCUCCGUCGCUUGGCCGCUGGCAGCUGUGUGUUUCCUAGUGAACAACUGGGUCGAGCUCCGAUCAGAUGGAUUGAAGAUUGCCAUCAGCUGCAAGCGCCCCAUCCCGUGGAGAUCCGAUUCCAUCGGUCCUUGGCUCGAUGCUAUUGGAUUUCUGGCUUGGCUUGGCAGCAUAAGCAGCGCGGCAAUUGUGUUUCUCUGCAGUGGCUCACACGACGGGAAGCUGGGGGCUGCGUCUCAGGUAACAGCAUGGGGAGGACUGCUCAGCAUACUCUUGGCAGAGCAUUUUUACCUCUUGACCCAACAAGUAGUUCGCUUUGUGAUGAGCAAGGUUGAGAGCCCAGGUCUUCAGCAGGAACGAAGAGAGCGGUACAUGAUGAAGAAGAAGCUUCUAGCGGAGAACGUAGGGCAAAAGGCUGCCGAGAAGGCAUUCACCCCGGGGAUUGAGACGGGAGAGAAGAGUACUAAACAGGCACUGGAGGAGGAGGCUCGUCAGGCCUCUAUCCGUGGACAUGGUGGUCCCGAAGAUGUGUUUUGGCAGCAUCAACGAGGUAUGGAAGAAACCAUCAUGGUUGGCCGAAAGAUGAUUGAACAACAGGUGAGUCAAAUUGAAGUUGUAUUUACGGGCACUGGCACUACGAGCACUGCCUUCAUGGUUCUGGACAGACCUAACUUUUGGCUCUUGCUGCGAAACUAG